AUGUCUUCUGGUGAGAGUGUCCUGCUCACUGAUCUUCCAGACCUAUCUCCCAACAGUUCUCCCGGUAAUUCUGACACCAAAAACAAAAAUGAUUUCCCCCCUACCUCUGACUUUGAGAUGCCUUGUGACAACAGAGCUGAAGAACUUACGAAGAGCUUGUAUUUCAUGCUCCCUGAUAAGGAUGACCUUACUCCCGACAACGUUCAGAAGGCCUUCAAAAUUCAGACAGCCAAGAUAGAGAAACUACCAUGCAAACUCCAGUUCAGUGCUUGGAAUAUCAAGCUCUCGUCAGGAAUGAUGGGCCUCCAUCAAAAUAUAUUAAAUGCCAGCCGCACAAACCUCAUGAAAGUUGAUAAGGAGGUUUCAGUGCUCAAAGGUUUUAUGGAUGAGAAUGGCAUGAGCUAUGCAGAUCCAGACAACAACCCUCAUGCAGGCAUUAGUCCUGGAUCCCUUUACGGUGACAAUGGGUGGAGCUCUGAUGGCAUUCCAGACAAUUAUAACCCUGAUACCAUUCCAUCCGACAAGUAUAAUUUGGAGUAUCAGGAUGAGAAGGAUGCUAUGGAUGGGGGUCUUUGGUCUUUGUGUCAAACUGCAUCUUCUUUGUUUACACUGUCUUUAGCUUUUCUGUAUGAAUGUCGAAUGCCGUCCACUCUUAUGGAGUUGAAAGGGUUAGCAAACCCCCGCAAGGAAAAGAAAAAGCAACCACUAAAACCAAAGAAGGGAUCAAACCUAAAUGCUGCUGGGCUCUCGCUUGCCCCGCAACUAGAUAGCUCAGCUGACAGACCAUUGUUACCCCCUCACUAUCAGCCCAAUUCUGUCUCCACUGAGAAAAUUGAACAGAUGUUGCAGAUAUCAGGGCCUCAGCCCUCAACGUUCAAUCAGCAGAUGGGGCCCCCGUCUCCAGUCUCCCACCCACCAGUGUCUCAGCAAUCGUACAAUCAGUACAAUCAUAGCCAAUCACUGGACAAUUUCUUUUCACAGUCGUUUUUUGAAGAGGACAACUUUGCCCCAGUCAGUGUGAACACAUUGACAUCUCAGACUGCAUCAACCUCUUGUAUUGUCACACCAGCCCCAUCGUCUCUAGCUCCCCCUUGUUCUGAGCAGCCCUCCCCUAUUACUUUUGCUCACACUGUGCCAAUUGCUGCUUGGCCUGAGCUCCCAGGAGGCAAUGCGUAUUUGCGGCCAGGAGAAGAUCCUAGCUGUGAAGACAACAUCAGUUCCGGGGUAAUCCGUGAACCCUCUCUCGCAUUUGCCCCCACACUGACACCUCCUGCUGCAACUGUAGCCUGUGAUCCAACACCAUCUAGCCAGCCUGUUCCAGCGAUGGCACCAAAUCCUCAUAGCCCAAACAAGAAGUUCAUACUCACUGAGAAUGUGUUACCUACCGCGUCAGAAAAAGUAGCCACUGCGAAGAUGUUUCUGGGCAAAGUAGCUAGAAAUAAUGGUGUUACGGGGACAUUCUCAAUUCCCAAGGACGCUGCUGACUCUGUUGGACCAUUGAAACUGACUUCAACCUUUGGCCUCAUCUUGGUAGCAGGCUUGAUCCCAAACUUGGUUUGGGCUACGCUGUACAAGCGUAAGGAGAUGAUGGGCCAUGUACUUGUGGACGACAUUCAAAGGUUAGACAAAAAACUAGACAUCAUCAUCUGUCUAGCCGCUACCGCUAUAUAUGCGGCCCAAGUUGAGCAUCAAACCGGCACCUACAAUGAACAAUUUUUUAUGGCCAGUGUCUACAGGCCUUUCUACCUCAAGUACCUUGCAGAUAUGAAGAAGAUCUGUGGUGACGAUGCGCUAUCCACGCAGUUUGAUGAGUAUGUAGAGCUCAUCGUCGAGCGCGGGCUUUCUUUGUAA